GAUAAACGUUCCUUCCCACGCGUGACGUGGCCGAGCAUCAUCACUUCCUGUUUCUCAUAAUACCAUCUUCUCUUCUCUCGCUGUUUACCGACUUUUGACUUUUGAGCCCCGCCAGGUAGCAAACAUGGCGGCCUGCUGCUCGCCGGACUUGUUCGCGGCGCCCCUGGUCGCCCUCAACAUGUCCGUGAGGAAGAAGCUGGCUCUCUACCUCAACCCCAAGAACGUGGUGGCCGCGGACUGGACGCUGGUGGCGGAGGCGAUGGGCUUCUCUUACCUGGAGAUCGUCAACUACCACCGCCUGGACAAUCCCACCUUGAGGCUCCUGGAGGACUGGCAGGCCGGCCCAGGUGACGCCUCCGUGGGGAAGCUCUUGUCCAUCUUGGAGGAGGUGGACCGGCGAGACGUUGUGGAGGAUCUUCGUCCUUUCAUGGAGGAAGACGUAAGGAAGUAUCAGGAAAGUGAGAAGAAAAGGGCGCAGCGCCCCCUGCAGGUGCCUGAGGUGGACAGCUGUGUUCCUCGCAGUCAAGACAGGUCUGGACUCACCCUGCUGGAUGACCCAGAAGGCGCUCCGGAGAUGUUUGACGCCUUCAUCUGCUACUGCCCGAGCGACGUGGGCUUUGUGCACGAGAUGAUCCGCCAGCUGGAGCAGACGGACUACAAGCUGAAACUCUGCGUGUUCGACAGAAACGUCCUGCCAGGCUCGUGUGUUUGGACCAUCACCAGCGAGCUCAUCGAGAACAGGUGCAGGAAGAUGGUGGCCAUCAUCUCCGAUGAAUACCUCGACAGCGACGCCUGCGACUUCCAGACCAAAUUUGCUCUCAGCCUCGCUCCCGGAGCUCGGAGUAAACGACUCAUCCCCGUCGUUUACAAGUCCAUGACCAAAAAAUUUCCCAGAAUCCUCAGCUUCCUGACCAUUUGCGACUACACAAAUCCUUUGACUCAGGGCUGGUUUUGGGGACGACUGGCCAAGUCUCUUUCACUGCCAUAAUUUGUUUUUAAAGUUUUUAAAGUAAUUUUUUUUUUUUUUUAAUUCUUUCAAAUUUAAAAAAAAUGUGAAGUCGUGUUAAAAUGCUAUAUUCACACCAUGUACUUUUACAUGAAUGCUGUAUUUUUUUAAACGGGUGACAAUUAUUGUAAUAUAGUUAUUUUUAUAUACUUUAUAUAGACCGCAACUUUCCCUCUGUGUGUUUCGACACUUCCCCGAGUAAAGAUAAAGAAGAGGAAGAGGAAGUGAUUGUAGGCAAUACCUUCACGUGAUUGUUUCAUGACUGCUUUUCUUUUCUGUCACUGUGCAUUUCAUCUUGUUUGUGUUUAUUCCAUACACAAAAUACAGUGUGUAAUAAUAAAU